GACAAGAUCUGAUCUUCCGAUUCCGAGUCGGGAAAAAAAAUUAAUAUAAAAAUUAUGUAGAGAACGUGAGGAGGUCACCCUCAUAAACCAUCGCUGGGUUCUCUUUGUCCCUUUCGUCGAAGCUCCAAUUCGCAAUCUCUCUGCUUCAUUGUUGAGAGACCAGAUCAUCAUGACCAGCUCCUCCGCCAACGCUCGCAAGGCUCUGAGUAAGAUCGCUUGCAAUCGGUUACAGAAGGAGCUGCUGGAGUGGCAGGUCAACGCUCCCGCCGGUUUUAAACACAAAGUCACCGACAAUCUUCAGAGAUGGGUUAUUGAAGUAAAUGGAGCAUCAGGAACGCUUUACGCUGGUGAAACCUAUCAACUUCAAGUUGAUUUUCCUGAGCAUUACCCUAUGGAAGCCCCUCAGGUUAUAUUUCUUCAUCCUGCCCCGCUGCAUCCUCAUAUAUAUAGCAACGGCCAUAUAUGUUUAGAUAUUCUAUAUGAUUCAUGGUCUCCGGCCAUGACUGUGAGUUCAAUCUGUAUGAGCAUUCUCUCAAUGCUGUCAAGCUCGACUGCCAAGCAACGCCCUGAAGACAACGAUCGUUAUGUAAAGAAUUGCAGGAAUGGAAGAUCCCCAAAGGAAACUAGAUGGUGGUUCCACGAUGAUAAAGUGUAACCACGGAAGAAGUUUCGGUCAUUUGGUAUAAUAAUCAAAGAAGAUGACCGACUACCUUUGAAGUAGAUGAAUAGGGCAAAAUGCAAACACAUAGAAAUGCAUUCAGCAACCAAAACUUUGGUCUGAAUGCAUUACGACUCCCAGAAUGGCAAUGGCCUAUCGUCUGUAAAGUAAUAGGGAUAAUUUGUGUGAGGAACAAACUCUGUUCAUUAUGUUUAAUUACCCAAGUCUAGGCAUUUGGUACCAUGACGGCACAUGA